CCCGUUCACGCCACAUGCACCGCACUUGUCAGUCUAUUCUCACGCGCACACACAUAUUCGCGACAGGAAAAGCCUAACAGAACCACGGGCGAUUCUCACGUUGCCUUGGUUACUGAUGAAAGUCACACACUUGCCUUGCCUUGCCUGCAGCCGAACCUACUCACUCACUUCUUCCCACUAGCUAGCUGUACAUUCCUGCUCUCACUCUCUCUGUAAAACAGCCUGCCUCCAUCUUCUCUCAACAGACAAGGAACCGCACGCGUUGCUGACAGCAUGCACGGCUCUCUAUCGACAACCCACCCACCCACUCAUGCCUUGACAAACAGGCGGAUUUCGCCCCUAUCGCCCCGUGUGACCCUCUUCUGCCCGUCUGCAUAGAUCACGUCGAAGAAGCCGCUCCUCGCCUCCCGCUGGCCUAUCGGCAAAGACGCCGUACCCAGUGGCAGGUCAAGGUCAGGCAGGUUCUUCAUCAGAAAGCCCUCCAGCCCCUCCCCGCCCAUCACACCCUCAGGUGCCCUGCGAAUCCGCGGCCGCGAGAAAGCUGUCUCGGCAUCGAAAGACGGGUCCAGGGCGAUGUCGAUGUACGAUCUCGGCGAGAUGGUCGUCCUGUCUUGGAAGAUGCGGAAGCGUGACGGGUACAUCUGUGGGUCGCCCAUCUGUGCCUCAUGGUAAAGGACGAGUGUCGGCAGGGGUGGCUUGGGCAAGGGGAUCGACUGGACCAGAUUUGAGUACUGCAGCUCCACGAUGUUGUCGAUGCGGUCGCCUCGAGAACCGAUCCGCUGAAAGAGACCACACAGGAGGUGCAAGGCCGUGAGAGACCCACCUGGCUGAUGGAUUCGUCCGUCCAUCAAUGACCCACCUGGUAGACCCGCUUAACACGGAACGGUACUGCAGCUCCCAGCCUGGGCCCUGGACGCAUCCCGCCGAGACUGCCCGACGCGAAACCAGAUGAAUAAAUCAGCUUCCAAAGCCCGGAAACGUCUGCCAGGUCCUCAUACAGAUUGGGCGUCAUCUGAGCGUCCUGCACAGAUGACUCGAACUCGCUCACCAGCUGACACACACACGACACACACAGGAAGCCUGUAUGUAUGAUGCAUAGCAGGCUCACAAGUGAGUGAAUGCUCACCCGCCCGAUCUUGUUGACGUCUUUUUCAGGUGCGCCCAAGCCAAAAGGGUGUGAGGCUGUCACAUCACUGACGGCGUCGAAGAGCUCCUGCAGACAACACACCGUCACCGACGCAUCGAUGGGUGCAGGCGCGUGUGUCAUGCUCUUGUCUGUGAACGCCUCACCUCUCUCUUUUGGUCCACGAUGCGCUUCGCUGCCUCGAAUGACUCGUCAGACUGAUACGACACAUCCACAGUCUGCGAAUGCGACAUCGCGUCGCCCUCUCCGCCGCCCUGGUCAUCAUCCGCGGCAUGCAGCCGUGUGCUGCUGCUGACGCAUGGCUGCUCACUCCUGCGUUUGUGCCGAGUCAGAUGAGCAUACAGGUGGAGAGAUCUGGGCUGCAGAGGGGCGUGGAAGGCGUGCAGAGCGCCUUGGACGAGGAAAAGCAGCAGAAGCUUCAUCUUCUCCUUUUGGUUGUUCUGCUGCGAGCUGGAAGUGCAUGCGGAUCUCACACUGACUUGUUAAUUAGUUAGUACCAGAAAGACGGACACGGUCGGUCAAUGUACACAAGCACACACAUCAAAACCACCGCCAGUACAAACAAAUGCACAGACAAGCCGGGAGGGACACACUCUCACUCACUCACUGGAGGGACACGCCGUCACCUCCCCCACCGCUGUGUCGUAAUGGCAUAACUCUUAAGACCUCUGGACCACACACACACACACACACACACACAAGUGGCUGCAACAUGUCUGUCGCCUGCCUGUUGUUUUGAGCGUGAUGAAUCAAUCGGAUGCACGUACCUUCUCAAUGGCGCAUCGCCCUCGCCCCAAAACUCGCUGCAAAUACGCACACACGCACAGCAGGGACAUCACCCAGCCACACAAAGGAGUCGAGUAUAUGUGUGUGUGGCCAGCUGGCGCUUACUAGAUCUCAGCCGAAGUGAGCAGAUACGGCGGCAGGCCUCUGAGUGGCUCGACCACAGUCAGCACGUCAGCGGGCGUCAAAAUGUGCAUCACCCAACCCUUGAGCCGCCUGCGCCAGCGUGAGAAGGCUGCCAGCGAUGACCGCAUCGACACCAAGGACCGCAGCACCAGCCUCACAGUGUGUCGGAGAGCGGCCGAGAGGGACCAUUUCGACCAGAGGGAUGAUGGGAAUGGGGGAGGCCGCACGACCACGAUCAUGUCACAAUAGGGAAAGUCUCCUGAAGGAAGCGAAGCAGACAGACAGUUACAAUGAAUGCAGUCGGUCGGCCCUGUCUUUCAUUGCUUACCUCCACAUCUGAGCCGCCCGUAAGUGUCGUCAUAGCUGGCCGUGAGCUGUGCCUUGAGCUUCCCCCACUCGCCCCUCACGCCACCGUCCCUCCCUGGGCGGCCCACCACGGCCUCCUCCGGCCCACCUGCAUCCGUGUCAGGUGUCCGGGGCCUGUCGGGGCCGGACCCUCCCCCACCUUCACGUGCAGCCCUCCUCAUGUCGUCCUUCCCGUCCUCUCCUGACAGUAUCCGCACCCGCAAUGGCCUCACCGUCGACUGCGUCGUCGCCGCCACUGCCACUGCCUCUGGGGGCAGCUGUGUCGCCCUCUUGUUGUUGCUGUUGCUGUGGCUGCUGCUGCUGCUGUUGUUGGUGUGAUUGUUGUUGCGUCUUGUGAGUGUGUCUGUGACGGUGUCGGCUGAUAGAGUGCUGACGGAUGGCGUGUUGCUGGCGCUGCGUAGAUGUGAGGCGGUGGUGGGUGUGGAGGGCGGGCUGGAGGUCUUGGAUGAGACGUAAGUGUGUGAGGUGGGGGAGGGGAGGUCGCCGUCUGUGAUGGGGCAGCCGCAUGAGGAGGGCGAGAGGGAGGGGACCGUCACAGAGAGAUGCUGCCGGACGGGCUUGGGGACGUACACAUACAGGGAAGAGGCGUACGGCUUCAGCAAACCUGCAGACAGAUGGAUGAGUAGUCAAGACAGACACUCAUGCUUCCCGAUUGAUGAAUGGAUGGAUGGCCAUCAGAUGAGAUGUGUGUGCAUCGACUGUUACCUCGUUCAUCAAAGAGGGUGACGCACUCAAUGUGCGUCUCCCAACAGACGCCCAACAUACGACAGCAGUCCUCAAGCAGCCCCGGCACAUGCUGGCAGGGCAGCCACACAACAAACAUCACAACACAACACAAUCCAUACACACACAUGUUAAGGAACCAUGCCAUCUGUUCCACCGAUGCACCCACCGACCUGCAGCUCAUCUGACUUGAAGACCAGGGCGAUAUGCUGCGGCCGUUUCCUGGCCUCCUCCUUGGCGGCACUCAUCCGGGAGCCAGACGGGCGGCCCGGCGGCCUGGUUGAGCGCCUCGCACAGGCCACCUGAGCCGCCCAUCGCUCGAGGACGACAAGUCGGAGCAAGAGAUAGGACAACAGUCGCCAGGGCAGAGAUGUGACGGCCUUGACAGACCGGUGGAUGGACGGGUGCAGGCGGAGGAUGCACGCCUGCAGUGCACAGGCACAAUGACAAGUAACAGAAGGUGUCGGUCGUUUGUUUUGUCUAUAGAUUAAUUGCGCGUGUGUGUGGUCAUCUCAUCUGUCACCUUGAUGAUCAGUGCAGCGAUGAAGAUCCGCCGGAGCAGCCACCCUGCCAUCCUCUGCAUCACUCCUUCCACUGCUCCAGCCAUCCCGUCUUGUCAAUCGGUAAUCCCUUGCUGGUCCGCAACCCGUGGUCAGCUUGCCACGGCGAUGACAGACAGAGCUCCCACUCCACUCACGGCUCCAGCCUCAGGUGAGAUAAUCUUAGGCCGCUGAAGUCCAAUUUCUUGCUCAAGUCACAC